AUGUCCCGGCUUCUCCUCUCGACCUGGCCUAUCGCCAGAGCUCCCAAUCGGCAUCAGCUCGUCCACUACGCCUCAUAUCCAUUGCGCAAAGCUCACAUUCCACCGAGCCGAUCGGGUGCUACGUCUACUAGAACAUCUGCACUACGCAGCACAGGCCUUGCCGUGGUGUCCGACCGAAAGAUGUCUACAUCUACGCCUCACUCUGGCGAGACCGGAAAGGACUCAGGUGCUCCUGCAGAUCGCUACAAACUCGUUUUCUUCGUGCCGACCGAGAACGCGGAGACCUGCAAAGAGGCUAUCUUCGCGACGGGCGCGGGCUCAUUCCCAGGUGGAAAAUAUACCAAAUGCUGCUUCCAGACCAUCGGAACAGGCCAGUUCCUUCCCAAUGAUGGUGCAAAUCCGGCGAUCGGGGCAGUGGGCAUCGUGGAGAAGUGCGAGGAGGCUCGGAUCGAGGUGAUGUGUUUGGGACGUGAGGUGAUGCUUAGCGCAGUGGAUGCCCUAGUCGAUGCGCACCCGUAUGAGGAAGUCGCCUAUGAGGUGUAUCGAAUGGAGAAUGUGUAA